AACUGCUGAUUUUUUUUUGGAAUUCUGAAUUUUAUUUAAUUUUUCGUUUAUUUUAUUAAAUAAAUAUUUUUUUUUCUAAAGAAACUAACACAUCAUCUUUUUACCUGAUGUCACUUUGAAAGUUAAAAAUAUUAGUGAAAGAACUUCAAAAUUUAAAGUGCUAGUAAGUGACAAUUUGAGGUUUUUUAUACGAUUUUCCCGGUGUUUUUAGUUUGUUGUGAAUUUUUUUUAUUAGUGUUAGACUAUGUACAUUGGUUACACAACACCUUAUUUUCAUUCUACAUCAUUUUUUCUUUCUUACACAUCACAUUCUAUUUCUUACACAUCAUAAUUCAAUACACAUGUAAUCUCUAUUCUUUCCAAAUCAUUUUGUUUAAAAAAAAACCUACAAUACCAUGUCCCACCAACUUUAUUCAUAUUUUUACUUUAUGCUUUUGUGAUUACGUAUUAUAAGUAAAAAGAUGACAUUUUUCUGUGUUCAAAUGAAAUGAAACAAGUAUCUAUUUAUAGAGUACGAAAAAUAAUAAAUUUUGAGAUAACUUUUUUUUAUAUAUAUAAUUAUAAUUAUUAUGAAAUAAUUGAGAUGAAAAAAAAAGUCUAAUGCAAUUCUGUCUCUCUCUAAAUAUUGGUCCAAUCAAUAUUUACUACGUCAUACAAAGAGAAUCCAUUUUUUUCUCAACCCCGGUGCAUAAGUUUCAAUACUGAAUUUGCCAACAAACCACUGUAAGCUUAUAAACCGUUGUUAAUAUUUAAGAAACAGUUGAUAAAUUUCCCACUGUAAGUAGUAUAAAGUGCGUGCACUUUUCCAAUAAAGAAAUUUAAAUGGGCUUACAGAGAAGACAAAAAUACGGUAGGGAGUAAUGUGUAAAAUAGCGAAACAUAUGUAACAUCCGAAGACCCGCCGAAAGCGUCUCUUCUCGACGCCGCCGUUGAACUCUUUCCUCUCCUAUUAGUCCGGCGUCGGGAAUCUCGGAAGUCAUAACCUUCUUUAAUCCCGCCUCUGAAACAAAUGACUAUGUCCGGCGGCGAUGGCCGAGACUCCGAAUUAGCGUCUCUCCGUAAUCGCGUCAAGGAGUUAGAGGCGGAGAAUGCCAAAUUGCUAUCACAGGUUUCAAGCUGCCAAUGCCAACAGGUGCACUUGAAGCAUGAUGAUGUGCCUGUGUUAGAUUCUGGGAGUUUAGUUAGGAGAAGCAGGAGAGGUAGAAAAAGAGCUGAUAAAAGCAUACCCAUCCAUCUUAUCUCAAAGAGAUAUGUUGCUCUCAAAAUCAUGUAUUUUGGCAAGAGAUUCUAUGGCUUUUCUGCCGAAGCACAGAUGGAACCAAGUAUUGAGUCAGAAAUUUUCAAAGCACUAGAAAGGACACGGCUUUUAGUUGGUGACAUUAAGGAGUCUAAUUACUCCAGGUGCGGGAGAACAGAUAAAGGUGUUUCUUCAACAGGUCAGGUGAUUGCUUUGUUUCUAAGGUCCAGACUCAAGACUCCUUCUAUAGACUCUGAAGCCCAUGCUAAUGAGAAAAUUAAUGCAAGACCAGAAUAUGAUUAUGUAAGAGUGUUGAAUCGUGCUCUCCCUGAUGACAUCCGAGUUUUGGGAUGGUCUCCCGUUCCCGUUGACUUUCAUGCAAGGUUUAGUUGCUCGGCUAGAGAAUACAAAUAUUUCUUCUGGAGACAAAACCUAAAUCUUUCGGCCAUGGACAUUGCUGGCAAGAAGUUCAUUGGAGAGCAUGAUUUCAGGAACUUUUGCAAGAUGGACGUUGCAAAUGUGCAUUGCUAUACACGACGUGUUACUUUCUUUGAUGUCUCUCCUUGUCAAAAUAGUCACGAGGGUGAUCAGCUUUGCACAUUUACAAUGAGAGGCAGUGCUUUCCUUUGGCACCAGGUUCGCGCCAUGGUCGCUGUGCUAUUCAUGAUUGGACAGGGCGUCGAAUCGGUUGAUGUGAUAGAUACAUUGUUGGACACCAAGAAAACGCCAAAAAAGCCUCAAUACCUCUUGGCCUCGGAGAUCCCCUUAGUCCUCCGUACAUGCGAAUUCGAAAAUGUGAACUUCAUUUGUUCUUCAGGUGCUUUAGAGUCAUUGAGAUCUCAUUUCAAGAAAGAGUCGCUGACGUACCAACUAGAGUCCGUGAUUUUCCAGGAGGCUCUCCGGAACUGUUUACCUAUAGGCAAUGAUGAAAUCUCAUGUAAUAUUGAAGAAAAGAAGAAGAAAGCAGCAAUACACGUUCCUCUAUUAUCUCGACCAACUGAGCCUUCGUAUGAAGAACGAUCUGCGAAAUUGAAACCCAGACAAGAAGAAACAUGUCCUGUGUAGUGUAAUCGACCAAGCGGGAUCAUCUCGGCGACCAUCAAAGAACAGAAAGGCUUCUCAAUUUGUUUGUUGUAGUAGUUGAUUGAGGAUUUAUGAUUUGAUAUAAAUUUUUGAUUUCAUUAUAAUAUGAUUCGAGUCUAUUCAUGAUUUUAUGUAGAUUCAUAUUGGUUCCAAACUUUUGUUUUGUUCUCUUUUAACAGUUUGCUUAUGAACAGUUUCUAUAUUGUUA